CCAUGGCUGCAACCAAAGAUGUCCUUCGUCGCCCGCAACGGAACCCGAUUCGUCGACUCGGAGACGGGGUCGCUGGUCUACGUUAACGGGUGGAAUUCGUACUGGAUGAUUUCGUCGGGUUCGCCGGAGCUGGUUAAGGAGAUGAUGAGGAGAGGAAAGGCUAUGGGGAUGACGGUGUGCAGGACUUGGGCGUUUAAUGAUGGUGGGCCCAAUGCGCUUCAGAUCUCGCCGGGGGUGUUCGACGAGAGAAUUUUUCAGGGAUUGGAUUAUGUAAUAUAUGAAGCCAGGAGGAAUAAUAUAAGGCUGAUUCUUUCUCUUGUAAAUAAUCUCAAUGCUUUCGGGGGCAAAGCCCAGUAUGUCAAAUGGGCUAAAGCAGCUGGAGCCAAUGUGACAUCCUCGACGGAUUCUUUCUUCUCACAUCCCACUAUAAAGAGAUACUAUAAGGAUUAUGUAAAGGCAAUAUUGACGAGAAAGAAUUCAUUUAGUGGUGUCACAUAUUCUGAUGAGCCUGCUAUAUUUGCAUGGGAGCUUAUGAAUGAACCUCGUUGUGUGUCCAACUCAUCUGCUUCUCUUCUUCAGGCUUGGAUUACUGAGAUGGCAUCUUAUAUCAAGAGCUUGGAUCAGAAACAUCUCGUCACAAUUGGCCUUGAAGGGUUUUAUGGCAAGGAAAGAGCUGAAAGAUUAGGAGUCAAUCCCGGGAAUUGGGCUUCUUCACUUGGUUCAGAUUUCAUCCAAAAUUCAGCUGUUGAGCAUAUCGAUUUUGCUUCAGUACAUGCAUAUCCAGAUAGCUGGAUACCAAAAGCAAACUUAGAAGAGAAGGUUAAGUAUCUGUCUGACUGGGUUGAUUCUCAUGUGAACGACAGUGAGUACUUGCUGAAGAAACCCGUGCUCUUCUCAGAGGUAGGCUCUCACCUGGAAAUGAAGAAGAAUGGACUAUAUGACAGAGAUAUUUUAUUGAAGACGGUUUAUGAUAAAGUGUAUGAGUCGGCUAAGAAAUGGAAAGCUGGAGCCGGAGCUUUAAUCUGGCAAUUAACGGUGGAAGGAGUUCAAGGAUAUCAUGAUGAGUUCUCACUUGUAGCAAGAGAGCACCCAUCCACUUAUAAGCUCAUAGUCAGACAAUCUUGCAGGUUAAAGAAUUUGUUUAGAGAUAAAGGGGAAGCAAAUAGAACUGUUGACCACCAAUGUGCUGAUUUGCUAUCGUAAAUACUGUUAUUUGUUCAUUAGAGUGUUCAAUGUACGAGGAAACAAACAGAAGAUUUCAACCGUGUGCAGAGAUGUACCGUGAUGUGUAAUCCCAUACCUAUGAGUUUAUAUAGUAUAUACGAAAUUAUAGAUAUUGUUUCAUUUGUUCA